CCGAGUGCGGCACGUGUGGCUCCAGCACAUGGGUUGCAGGAUGGCAGCCUGCCUGUGCCAGAGCUGGCAGCUCUCACUGCUCCCUGCCAUCCUGCUCAGCCUCCGCAGCCCACCAUCAGCCCCUGAGCCAGUGACAUCCCAAGGUAGGUCCUUGGGACUAUUUUCUCCCCUAAAGGACGGGUCAGAGAGGAGCUAGAAUGCCAGUGGGCAGCGAGUACCUCACAGCAGCCAAAAUCUACAGAAUUGGGAAGGGGGCAUUCCAGGAGGGUGUGCAGGGGUGGUCAGGGUGAGAAAUGGAGUGCCCUUCUCACCUGUGGGACAACCUGAGGUGCUUGGAGUAAAGGAACAUGAUGAUCUCUGCAAGCAGUGCUUGGCUGCCCCUGGGGAUGGCAGCCAGGUGCUCCCAGUCCUGUUCAGGUAGCAGAGGGGCUCCUCACUCAUUAGAAGUUCUCAGAGUUAUGACAUGAUAAGGGCUUGAGCAAGACUCAACAUCUGAUGGCACAGCUCUGCACCACAGGCAAUGCAAUGGCACUUCCAGGCUAACCCCAUGUUCCUGCAUCAGGUUUGCCGUGAUCUUACUGUUCUGCUGGACACCCUCAUCUGAGCUGAUAGCUGGCCCCAGUCUGGCUCAUUGCACCUGCCAGAGCCACUCCUCAACUUUGUCUCAUUUCAGGCUUCUCCAUGCAUUCUAUGAGUGCCUCUUUAGCCUCUUUAGAACUUUCUGUAACACCAUAAAAAGCAUUAACUGAAUAAAACCCUGUUGAUCUCCUGUUUGUCUCUCCAGCUCUGCCCCCUCCCCGGAUCUCUGGCCAGGACAGACUCAGGAGCACAUUUUGAGUCACUCCCAUAGGGGCAGUGGGACAAGGGUCAGGGUAGGACUCAUCCUCUCUCUGCCCACAGCCUCUGCAAAGUCGUUGUGCCUUGAGCCCUCCACUGGCUUGGCAGCACUGCCCGAGCAUGGCUGGUGUGGGCUGCAGAGCUGGGCAGCUGCCCUUCCUGAGAAGUGGGAUGUGCUCAGCAAAGAUGCUCUGAUAGCCCACAGGACCAGGGUGGCCUCCCACUGAUGCCAUGGGUCCCUGUGCCACCAAGCUGCUGGGACCUGGCCACUUCAUCUCCUGGGGCUCGGAGCUGGGUGAGGGCAUGCCUGGGCUGGGGUAAUGGGGGCAAAAAGAGCAGAACAGCUGGGAGGCUGUGGUGGUGAUGGGACAGUGGGCAUGGAGAAGAAGGCAACACAGGACUGGGAAAUGAGGAACAGGGCUGGGGGCUUCAAGGCAAGAGAUGGGACAGGGCAAGCAGGACAGCAAGAAGGUGGCAAGAACAUUUGAGAACUGUGACUUAUUCUUUGCCUAGGGUGGGCUCAAUUGUCAGCGCAGUGGGUGUGUAGCAGAGAAUGGAUACACUCAGCAAAUGCAGCAGACAUUGGCAGAGGACUUGUGCGGUCCCAAAGUUGGGGACAACCCCUGGGGAAGGCAGCAAAUGCCAGUAGGAAGAGGAGGAGGAGGGCUGGAAGAGAUCCCAGGGCAGAGGGAGUGGGGGAGAAGGGACUACUGAAGCAAUGCUGGGGGCAGCAAGAUCACCCCUGUGCAUUACACAUCUGCAUCUUGGGGCUGUCCCCUCUUCCAGGACAACAGGGGCAGACACCCAUAUGUCAGCAGAGCUACCAGUGCUUCGGAUGAAGAUCCUGCAGGGUGUGAUGCUCCAGUUUGUCCAUGUAACGACAGGGAGCACGGCUUACUGAGGGGGGCAGAGAAACCCACAUGCCCCCAGGGCAGUCCCUGGGCAGUGGUUUGGGCAUCACCCCUGCUCAGGACCUCAUGCCCCCACACCAGCCCUCAGGCCCUUUUUCUUUCCCUGGGGUGCUGCUCCUCCUUAUCUCACUUCCGUGCAUCUUCCGGCACGAGCAGGGCAGGGGUGCUUCCCCCUGAUCGCUGUGCCCUGAGCUCCCCUCCAACCACAGGGCUAUUUUGGGAUGUUUGUUUGUCCUCGAGGAGCUCAUGUUCUGAGGAGGGGGGCAUGGUGGGGCCGGGGGGAACCCUUCAUCAGCCAGGACCCCAGUGCAAGCCAGCAGCCAGCAUGGGUGCCAUGUCCCUCCCCAGUGUGCCAAGCUGUGGAGAGCACCUGUGCCAUGGCCCUGCUCAGGCUGACCCCCAUGCCAGCGGGCAUGGAGCAGGUGGAAGCAGGACCUCACCUGCUUCUGGGAUGAGGAGGAGACAACUGGGAUGUGCCACUUCUACUACUGGUACAGCAGGGAUGCGCCCACAGCGUGCAUGGUCUCCACAUGGCACCAUGGGACUGGUGGGAAGCGACAUGUCUGCGUCUUCCCCAGCCAGGACGUGCGGCUCUUCACCCAACUCCACCUCCGUGUCCUGGAUGCCACCACAAACUACACAAAGUAUUGGCGGGAGCUCAGCGUGGAUGCAGUGGGUCUCAUUGCUCCCCCAGCGAACAUCACGGCCCGCUGGGCUGGGGCUGCGGGGCAGAUCUGUGUGUCGUGGCAGCCACCACUCGCUGACUUCCUGAACUUCUUCCUCUACGAGGUGCAGUGCUGCCCUGCCAGCUCCCCAGGGAUGCCCUGCAACACCACACUGAAUCCCGGGGGGCAGCACCCUGGAGACCCCUCCAUCGAGUCCACUGUCAGCACCCACACACCCAGGGCUGGAGAAGCCUCCCCGGGAGUGGGGCAGAGGCUGGUCCAGGCCAACACCUGGGUGGUGCUCCGGGACCUGCAACCAGGGGUGAGGUACCACAUCCAGGUGCGCAGCAAGCCCGACGGUACCUCCAUGGACGGCGUCUGGGGGCCCUGGUCACAGGCAGUGGCUGCAGAGACACCCCACUCCUCUGGAGACAUCGGGCUGUGCUGCAGUACCCCUGACCUGCGGCACGUGCACUGCGAGUGGAGCUGGGACCCUGCAGAGACCCACAGCUCCCAUCAGCUCUUCUACCGGCCACCUCCAAACGGGGCUGGCACAAGGGAAGAUGCAUGGCAACAGUGCGGGGAGGUGAGCAGGGGGGCACAGAGCACCCAUGCCUGCACCUUUCAGCCCAAGGCUGGCAGUGCCAUCUCCGUCCUGGUGAAUGUCACACGGACCCACAUGCUGCCCACACUCAGCUACUUCAAAGAACCCUUUUGGCUGCACCAGGCUGUGCUCACAGAAGCCCCACAGCUUGUGCAGGCGACAGUGUCGCAGGGCCGGCUGAGCCUGCAGUGGCUGCCGCCCCUGGAGCUGCUGGCAGAGCAGCUGGACUACCAGGUCCGCUAUGCCACGGAGAACAGCCAUGACUGGAAGGUAGGGCCUGGUCAGGAUACCCCGAGCAGCCCUGCCCACCUCCGCGGUCAGGCAAACCGGGACCCGCCCUUUGGUGCCUUGGCCACCCCAGAGCAGCCAUGCCUCCAGCUCGGCUGUGCCCCGCAGGUCCUGCAGGUUCCACGAGCAGCUAGGAAAGAAGUCCUGGACCUGCGACCAGGCACCCGCUACCACGCCCAGGUGCGGGCGCAGCCCAGCGGGCCGUGGUACCAGGGCAGCUGGAGCGCCUGGUCCAAACCUGUUGUGGUUGAUGCCAUGGCUGAUACGGGCUGGCUCAUCCCCAGCGUUGCGGUGGUGCUGCUGCUCUUCUCAGCAGUGCUCCUGGGGCUGCGGUGCACCUUCCCCUCCCUCUACAGCAAUGUGAAAGAGAAACUCUGGCCACCUGUUCCUGACCUGCACCGUGCUCUGGGCAACUUCCUCCAGGAGAGCAGCAAGCACGGCCAGGUGAGGGGCUGGAGCAGGGCGGCUCAGCUCACUCCGGGGGCAGCUCGAAGGGCGGCCCCUACCACGUCCACUGCGUGUCCCCCCAGGACAGCGCCUUCGACAAGCAGCCGCCGGAGGAGGCCGUCGUGCCCUGCCUACUGGAGGUGCUGCCCGGCCCGCGGCGCGAGGCGGGCCCGCCACCGGAGCACGCUGGGGGCCGCCUGUCCAGCACGGACAUCGCCAACCAGUCCUACCUGCUCAUGAGCGGCUGGGAGCCGCGAGGAGCCACGACCGCCCCCACCCCGCCAUAAACGCGCGUCCUCACACAAGCACCCGCCUGGUCCCUCCUUCGCCGCCCCGCCCCCUCAGGCCGGAUAGCCCCGCCCCCUCG